ACGGUGACAAUCUGAGAUUCUUUUGCAUUUUUAACGUUGUAAUUCCAUGACACUGAUCUUCUUCCGUUCAGCAAGUGCUACUACCAGAUUCUUCAUCCGUCGCCACCUUCUCAUCUUUCCCAUAAGACACGUCUCCACGGCGCCGCUCCCAUCCCACGACCAAAUUUCCCAUCUCAUUCUCGAGCAGAAGUCCGCCGUCGAAGCCCUCCAUACCUUCAAAUGGGCUUCCAAGCUUCCCGAUUUCCUCCACUCUCAAUCCACCUACAGAGCUCUAGUUCACAAACUCUGCACUUUCCGCCAAUUCGACACCGUCCACAAGGUGCUCGACGAAAUGCCAACUUCACUCGGUUCUCCUCCAGACGAUGACAUCUUAGUUACUCUCGUUAGAGGUCUCGGACGUGGUCGGAGGAUAAAGGAAGCGAUUAAGGUUCUUGACUUGCCUGUCAAAUUUGGAAAGUCUCCUUCUUUGAAGCUCUUUAAUUCAAUACUCGACGUUCUAGUUAAAGAAGACAUUGAUCUGGCUAAAAAGUAUUAUAAGAUGAAGAUGAUGGAAAGUGGUGUUGUAGGAGAUGACUACACAUAUGGAAUCAUGAUGAAAGGUCUUUGUUCAACUAAUAGAAUUGAUGAAGGGUUCAAGCUCUUGGCUGCAAUGAAGUCCCAUGGUCGAACUCCAUCUACUGUCAUCUACAACACAUUGCUUAAUGGCCUCUGCAAGAACAAGAAAGUUGGAAGAGCCAGAAGUUUGAUGAAUGAAAUGGGUAACCCGAAUGAGGUGACUUACAACAUUCUGAUUUCUGCAUACUGUCGAGAAGAGAACGUAGUUCAGGCUCUUGUUAUGUUAGAGAAAUGCUUCGAUAAUGGGAUCACUCCCGACGUUAUUACAGUAACGAAACUUGUGGAGAUUCUCUGCAAUGAAGGCAGGCUAAACGAAGCUGUUGAAGUUCUCGAAAAAAUGGAGGUAAAAGGAGGUAAACUCGACGUGGUUGCUUAUAAUACUUUGCUCAAAGGCUAUUGUAUGGCUAGAAAAUCAAAUAUUGCUGUAAAGUUCUUGAAAGGAAUGGAGAUGAAGGGAUACCUUCCGGAUGUAGGUACAUACAACACAAUAAUCCGUGGCUUGUUUGAAUCCGGGGAUCCAAACAAGGCAAUUGAUUUAUCCCAUGAAAUGAAAACCGCGGGGAUAGUUUGGAAUUUCGAAACGUACAAUGUGUUGAUAGCUGGUCUGUGUUCGAUUGGAAGGACUGAUGAAGGAUUGAAGAUAUUGGAACUCAUGGAGGAGGAGAAUAAACGGGGUUCGUGUUAUCGUAUUGGUCCUUACAACAGCAUAAUAUACGGUUUAUAUAAGGAAUCUCGUUUGGAUGAAGCCAUUGAAUUUCUUAACAAGAUGGGUAAGUUGUUUCCUAGAGCUGUUGAUAGGACCGUAAAGAUACUCAAUCUAUGUGAGGAAGGGAGAAUCGAAGAUGCAAAGAAAAUCUAUGAUCAGAUGAUCGAAGAAGGUGGAAUUCCAUGCGCUAUAGUUUACGUUUCACUCAUAAAUGGAUUGUGCAAUCGUAGCCAAGCCCGUGAAGCGUUUGAGUUGAUUAACGACAUGGUUAGCCACGGUUGUGUUCAAAUCGCAUCAAAUUUGGUCGGUUCUUUGAUUUCCUGCAUUUGCAAGGAGGGGAAAGUUGGUGGUGCGAUGAGGCUUCUAGAAGACGCUACCGAAAGAGGGUGGCAGCUCGAUUGUGGAAGCUAUUGGCCAUUGAUAGAUGCAAUGUGUAGGAAUGGCGAGUUUUCGAAGGCUUCCAUGAUGCUUAUUCAAAUGGUAGAGAAAAACAUAGUACCCAAUUAUUCGAUAUGGAAUUCAAUGAUUCCCUGUUUAAUUCGAGAUAACAACAAAAUUUCGAUAAUUAAGUGUUUAAUUCGAGAUAACCCAAAAAAAAUGGUUAAGUAAAUCGUUUCUUUGCUU